AUGUGGGUGCGAGCGGCCGCCAGCACCCUGGAGCAGCUGCAGGAGAUCGCCGCGCGGGGCGGGGGCGACGGGGACGAAAGCGCCGAGGGGCAGCUGCCCUUGAAGCUGCUGGCAGGCGCCCCCCUGGCGGCAGCCUCUGAGCUGAUGGAGCGGUAUGACGCGCGCCUGGGCGGGUUCGGGGCCGCCCCCAAGUUCCCUCGGCCCUCAGAGAUCAACGCGCUGCUGGCGGCGGCGCAGCAGGCCCGGCUCUCAGGGGACGCGUCCAAGGGGGAGGAGCUCCUGGGUGCUGCGCUGCACACGCUGAGGGCGUACGCGGCUGGCGGCAUGUACGACCACCUGGGAGGGGGGUUCCACCGCUACAGCGUCGAUGCCCACCUCCACGUGCCCCACGUGAGCGCGUUCUCGGGGUUGGGGGGGCAGGCGUUUGAGAAGAUGCUGUACGACAACCCCCAGCUGGUCUCAACAUACCUGGACGCCAUCGCAGCUGACGCCGCCGCCGCCGCCCCCUUGCCCGCCCCGGCCGGCGCGCCCGCGGGCGCGCCGCACGCCGGGGACGGCCCCAGGGGCGGCGGCGGGGGCAGCGGUGCCGCGGAGUGGGGUGUGUUUGCGGUGCGGGGUGUGCUGGACUACCUGCUGCGCGACAUGAGGCACCCCCAGGGCGGGUUCUUCUCCGCAGAG